AAAUGUUAGGUUAGUCCUUCAGCUAUUAAGCUCAAGUGUUAUAGCGGGUUUUUCCUUCUUCAAAAAUUCGUUUGUCUGACAAUUACGGUUGCUGAUCAGCUGUAAAAACUAAAAUCAAUUCCACUUGUUGGGUCUGUUACAUGCCUAAUUUAUAACUUUUGCAUUUUCUGUAGUGAUCUAUUGCUGCCUGCUAAUUUCAUAAAUUAUAUACAUUUUUAAUUUCCACCAACAAAUCUUCAUAAAUCGGUUAAAAUGCCUUCUGAAGUAGUACAAAAAGAUAACGAAAUCAAAGUAGAUGCCAAAGAAAUAAUUGAAGCAUUCGAUGUAAAAUCCAAAACUGAAGAAAAUGGUUCCCAAGGAAAUAAAGAACAGAGUAAUGAUAUUUUAGAAGAAUCUAAGGUCGUUGAUGGAUUGUCUGAAAGUGAAAAUAAAGAAAAUGAGGAGCCUAGUGAUGAAGACAUUGAGUUGCAUAAAAAGCGUGCUGAAGAACUUUUAAUUGAUGGUAAACGUCAUUUAAUAAUUAAAGACUUCCAAGCUGCUGCCGAUGUUUUAAGUGAAGCAUGCAACCUUUUUGGUAUUGUAUACGGUGAAAUGGCCGAAGAAUGUGCAGAAGCUUAUUUCAAUUAUGGAUGUGCCCUUCUUGAACUCGGUAAGGAUCAAAUAAGUCCUGUCGGACUUGAAGAAAAAGAUGAGGAAGAAAAUGAAGAUGUUUCUGUUCAAGAACAAAGUUUAACUGAAGCAGAUAAACAUGAUGUAAAUAAUGAAGAGACAAACUGUUCUUCAUCUAAUAAUAUAGAUGAAGUAAAAGACAAGUCGACAAAAGAAGAAAUUUGUGCUGUUAAGAAAAAUAAAUUUGAUAUGUGCAAAACAGUGGAAGAAGAAACGUCUGUUGAUAAACAAGAAAAAUCUGAUGAAGUUGAAGAACAAUUAACUGAUAAAGAAGAGUCUGAUGGUGAAGGAGUUAAACCAGAUGAAGAAGAUAUUGAAGAAGAUGAUGUAAAUGAUUUACAGCUUGCUUGGGAAAUGCUUGACUUAGCUAAAGUAAUUUAUAAAAAUAAAGAUACCGAAGAAGCAAAACUAAAACUCGCUGAAGUAUUAAUGAAAUGUGGAGAAGUUAGUAUUGAAGAUGAAAAAUUUGAAACUGCUAUUCAAGACAUGACAGAAUCCUUAGAAAUUCGAAGAUUAUUGUUGCCAGAGGAUAGUCGUAUCUUAGCUGAAACUUUGUUUCAAUUGGGUAUUGCACAAGAAUUAGGUGGAAGUGGUGAACGAGCGAUUGAGUUGUUAAUGGAAGCUGCAGCUGUUUUGGACCUAAGAAUUAAAAAUUUAGAAAAAUUGACCGAUAACAAUGAUGUAAAGGAAGAAGUGGCUGAAGUAAAAUCCAUUAUUCCUGAAAUCCAGGACAGAAUAGUUGAUAUCAGAGAACGUAAAAAAGCUGCAGUGAGCGCAUUAUUGGCAGCUGUAGGUGCUGCUAGUGCAUCAAAUUCAAAUGGUGAAUCAUCAACUACCAAAAAAGUAUCCAACAUCAAUCAUUUGGUACGCAAACGACCAAAACAAGAAGAAACCGAUUCAAAAACUCCAAUAAAAAUUCCAAAACUUGAAGAUUCUUUAUCUACAAAUCAAUAACUAAUGUAAAAUACAUUUGAUUAAUUGUAUUUAUUUAUUCCUCUGGUAUAAGAAGUUAGACAUUUUUUUCAUUU